UGCAUUACAAUAUAUUUUGCUGCAUCUAAUUUCGUUUAAUGGAAGUUUAAAUCUGUUUUGGUUGGAAACUAGGAAGAUUACAAUGGUUCCUUGAGAUUUCUGCACUAUUAAUUGGUAUUUUACUGUUCUUGCCUUGUAUCAUGUUUAAUCUGAUUUGAGCUUACAAUUAGGUACACCCUUAGUUGCCUAAUUGUAUUUAAUCUCCUCUUAGUUGAUUAGAGUCAUAGAUGCUUAAUAUGUGGUAGCGUAAAAUUGAUUAAAUGCGUGCACUGCGUUUUCUUAAUUCGCUUUUAUGAAAACUAAAUUGAUCUUUGCUUAGUUGAUUAAUUUGUGUUGGAUUAGGGGUGAAAGUAGUGUAUUGUUGGUAAUCUGCGAUUGCAAACAUUGUAAUUGAACUAGUGACCAAUUGUUUUUAAUCAACGUUUUAUUUUCAUCUGUAUUGUUAAUUUGUAAUUCAAAAACAUUCACACACCCCCCCUCACUAAGUGUUCGACCUAUUGACUGAACCACAUUUGGUCCUUGAGAGACUACCUAGGAGUCACUUCCUAGUCUAUACUGUAGUCUUAUUUGCACAUCAAAUUUGUAUGGGUGCGACACCCAUCAAAUUUUGGCACCAUUGCCGGGGACCAACGGUUCGAUCUUAGGUCUUUUGUUGUGUUAUUGUGUUAUUGUGUUUUGUGUUUUGUUGUGAGUGUGUUGUGUUGAGGUUUAGGAUUUUUGGUUAGUCUUGUUUAGGUUUACUUCUUUUAGCAUUUUUUGUGUGUUUAGGUUUUUAUCAUUUUGGUAUUCUGUGCAUUUAGUUGUUGUUUCUGGAAAUUUCAAAAUCUAUAAAUAGUGGUUUUCCUCCAUGUUAUGCUUCUGUAUGUUUGGUAUAAUCCUUGCUUGAAGUGGAAGUCCAGGUCUGAGACAGGUUUUGCACUAUAAUAGAGGAGAUGACAAAUUCUCAAGACUGGACGUAUAAGUUGAUCAAGAGGCUUCCCAAGUUCCAUGGGUUGGCACAUGAAGAUCAACACAGACACCUCAAGGAGUUUUGUUGGGUGUGCUCAUUCAUGAGGCCUGCUGGUGUUUCAGAGGAGGCAGUGCUGAUGAGAGUGUUUCCAAUGUCCCUUCAAGGUACAACAACAUACUGGUUCCUAUACUAGUAUCCUGUUGAUAGUUGGAAGGAAACACAAUAGAGAUUCGUCAACAAGUUCUUUCCAACAGCAAAGGUAGUCACCAUUAGGAGGAAAGAUCACUACCAUUGAGCAGUUUCAAGAAGAAAGCCUGGCAGAUUAUUGGAAGAGGUUUAACAACUCUGCAUAGUCUAUCGAAACCACCAAAUUUUAGAGCAUUUGCUCUUGAUUUACUUCUAUGGAGGGCUCCUAGGCAAUGAAAGGAUAUUUGUGGAUGCAACUGCUGGUGGAUCUUUGCUAGACAGAACUCCAAUAGAGGCAAAGAAGCUGCUCUGCAAGUUGUCUGGUGAAAAUCCAAUUGAGGUAGCGAACAAAGAACCUGAGCAAGUUUACUCUAAACCUGAAAUCCCUAUUCAUGUAUCUGAGGUUCAAGUAAAUUUUAAUGCUUUUGAAUUGGUAAAACUUGAACCCAUAAAGCCUGUUCUGGAUUCUAAUAUUGAUAUGCCUGUGUACACUCAUGUUUUGGAUUCAUUAUUCCCUAUAGAGCACAUUGACAUACCUGAUGUUAACUAUCCUUGCACUAAUCUUGAUUUAUAUGAUAGCCUUGAGGAUGCAGCUGAUGACUUGGAGAUUGGUAAGAAAAUUUUCAAUAAGCAAAAACAGGUUUAUUCUGAACCUGAGAUUCCAAUCACUUUACCUGAUUUGCCUAUACAUUUAAAUGCCUGUGAUUUGCUGCACAUUGAUUCUAUAAGGUUUAUGAUUGAAACUGAUACAGAUUUGAUUGACAAUUCUAAAAUUUUUUAUUCAGUAUUAGCCAUUGAACCCAUUGGUAUAAAUGUUGUUUUGAAUGUACAUGAUUGUCGUGAUGAAAUUUUGAAUGAUAAUAGCCUUGAACUGACCUUUGAUUCUGCUGAUGAUGCAUAUGUCAAUAUUGAUUUUGAGGUAGAAACAGUGCAAUCUGAUAACUUUAUAGAGUUCGGGCUGAACUUUUAUCUAACACAGUUUUCUGAGAAUUUUGAAUGUGAUUGUGAAUCUGGUUCUUGCUCCAUUUGUACUAAGAUAAAUUUUGUGAUGCAACCAGAUUCCAAAGUCCAAACAGAUGCUACUAACUGUGAACUUGAUCUUUGUGCAGAAUUAAAGAAAGCAAGGAAUGCUGAAAACAUUAAGGCAACUCUUUGGGAGGAAAGAAGUGCAGAAAAGCUCGGAGAGGUCUCUAUUCCAGUGUCACACACUCAACAACUGCCAGUGGAAGGAGAGCUACUAAUGCAACAGUUUGCUUGGAGAAGAAAGAAGAAACAUCUUGCUUUGGAUGAUAAGGUAGUACUGAUGAAACAGUUCCUCCUCAAAACUUCCUUCCUUGAUGCAAUGGUGGAGAACAUCUCCCUGAUAGUCCAAAAUUGGCAACUUCCACCCUGACUCAAGGGAGUUUUCUUUUUCCCUUCUUCUCCUUUCCCUACUUUUAUUGCACUUGUCCAUGAUCUGUUGACUAUUCUGAUUUCUGAUCUUAUGCUUAUGACACAUUGAGGACAUUGUGAAGUUUAAGUGUGGUCUAUUGGGGGAGAUUUCGAUUUUCCUUUGUUAGUUUUUGUUUUCUUUGAUUAAAUUUUUUCUUUUCUAGGUUGUUUUUGUAGUGUCUUCUGUACAAUUUUGCAUGAUUCUCUUCAUUUCUAGAUUUUGUUUAAGUUGUAGACUCGUCUUUCGCUUCACUUGAUUGAUACUUAUGGUUUGAAAUUCUUGCUUUUCUUUGCUUGGAAAGAUGAUUAUGAUGUUUAAGGGGGUGAUUUGAUUGUGACAGAAAUACCCUGUGUGAGAUUUGAGCCACUUUAUGAUCUUUCUUGUGUGAUAUAUCUCUUGAUUGCUUGCACAUAUGCCUUGGCUUGACACUUUUUGAUUAUUCUUGAUUGAUAUGCAUGUUUGGAACUGAUAAAGGCAAUUUUUUUUUUCUUGAGCCUCUCUAGCCAAAUAAGCCUACCUUGUUUUGAUCCUUUGAUAACCUUGUUAAGCCUAUGCUUUCCCUUGUUCUUUGUUUUCAAGAUCAUUAAUUACCCUUAAGUGAGAAACCAUGAUUACCUUUACCUUAGGGAAUUUUGGAGCUUUGGAAUUGUUUUAGGAACAAGUGUGGUCUUCUUCGGGAUUUUGAUGAAUUGUCUAAUUGGUUCCUCUUGUUUUGUUUUUGUAAAUAUGUAUACAUCUUGUCUCUUACAGUUGUGUUCUAAAAAAAAAGAGAAAAGAAAAGAGACAAGAAAAGAAAAGAAAGAAAAAUACAAAAAAAUAAAAAAAAAAUAAAAAAUUUUGUUAAAUAGUGGAAUCAAGAAGAGGAUUGAAUUAAAGGUUUUGGGUCUAAAUUGAUUGUGAUUUCACUUGUUCCCUAUUGCUCUUCUAUUUCUUUUGGUUUGUAGCUUCUUAUCCAUAUGUUAUCCUCCCUUGUCCUUGGCCCUAUUACAACCAUAAAAGAUCUUUUGAUUUGAACAUGCAUAUGCUUUGACUCUUGAUAUAAGAGGUUUGCCAAGUCUGUUUGUUGCUUGCUUUCUUGAGUCCAUUGAGAUGACAUUGUUUACCCUAGACACUUGAGAGAUACAGUGAUAGUGCAUUUGUGAAGUUCUAUUGCUUUUGAUUCACUCUUGAGCUGAUUGAUUAUUUUGCAAUGUCUUGAAUUGCUUGGAUGAUUUCCAUGAGUAUCUGUUUCCUCUGAUUAUCUGUCUGAUGGGUGUUGUCUACUCCUUUUCUCUUUCCAGGAUUCAUUGAGGAUUGUGUAAACCUGUUUGUUUUCUUGUGUGUCUUUUUGUUUCGGUGUGCGGAUGUUGUCACUCUCUUGUGUCUUUUGAAUUGUUCCUUGUUCUGCGUUUUGAUUUUGCCCAAGAGUGCAAAAGACUAAGUGUGGUCUAUUUUGAUGAAUCAUUAUUUUCUACUAUUCACUUAGCUUUUCGCAUGGAAUUAUAUUAGUGAAUUGUGUUUAAUUCUCAAUUAUUGUCUCAUUUUCACUAUUUGGGUUUAAUUUGACUAAUAAUUCUUAUUUUAAUUAAUUUGAAUUAUUUGAGUUUAAUUAUUCCUAUUAUUAUUUUCAGGGCAAUUUUGAAAUUUUAUUUUGGGACUUAAAGAAAGAUGCCACAUCAUUUAUAUUGUAAUUUUUCUUAUUUUAUUUCGUUGUAAUUUGCAUUUGAAUUUCAUUUCAAAGUAAUUUGGGACAAAUUAGAAAUUAGGCCAAAAUUGGAAGGGCAAAGUUGGAAUAUGGGUUUAUAAGAACCAAAAAAAUUAGAUUGGGAAAGGAUCCUCUUCCUUUCACUUGCUCGACGUUGCUGAAAUGUAGAAAGGGAGCAACUUUCUUCUUCUCCCCAUUUUUGGGGACGUUCCAAGGGCUUUGUAGCUGGAUGUUUAGGUGUGGUCUAGGAAGGCUGUUGAGGUGGGCAUGGUUGCUGGGAUGGGCCUGGCUGUUGGGAUGGGCCUGGUUGCUGGGAUGAUGAUGGGGCAGACUGUUCUUGCUGAGGUUUUAAUGUGAAUUGAAUGAAAGAAGUGAAGUAGCCAGGAGUUGGACUCAUAAAAGGAAGGAAAAGUGCACAAAAGAAGAGCCACAGUUACCGCUCAACGCCACUUUUACCGUUGAGCGGUACUCUGAAGUAUCGCAGUCACCGCUGAGGGGAAAAACUACAGCUGAGCGUCAAAAUAGAAGAACCGCACUUACCGGAUACAGUUAGGACUAGAAGUAACAAAAGUUCUGAACCUCUUCUUGAAGGAUUCAAGACCAGCAGGAGGCCAAGGAGAAAUAGAUUAUCUAGAGAACCUUCUCUAGAGAAAAUUUCAAAGGCCUCUCAAUCUGAUUUGGAAGGCAUGAAGAACAAUGGUGGCAAGCGCACUUUGACUGAUUAUGCAAAAGUUGUUGGCCCUCACCAUUUUAACAGCAUUACAAAGUCGAGGGUCAAUGCCACCAGUAUGGAGAUGAAGCUUGCGUUGAUCCAUCUUGUAAAGAGCAACCAAUUCAAUGGACUAUCACAUGAAAGUCCAUAUGAGCAUCUAACCACCUUCAAUGAGAUCUGUAAUACUGUGAAGUUGAAUGGAGUACAUGAUUAUGCUAUUAGACUUAGCUUGUUUCCUUUCUCAUUGGGAGACAAUGCCAAAUUGUGGUUGAACUCUUUUCCUGAGAACAGUUUCACUGAGUGGGAAGAUGUGGUUGCAAAAUUCUUGAAUAAAUAUUUCCCACAAUCAAAUAUCAACAAAGGGAAGCAGAAGAUCUCUUCUUUUAGACAAGGCAUGGAAGAGACCUUGGGUCAAUCAUGGGAUAGGUACAAGAGCUUUUUGAGAAAGACACCUACUCAUGCCUUUGAUGAAGCAAUGAUAGUCAUCCUUUUUCUUGGUGGUCUUGUUUCACAGACAAAAUUGAUGUUGGAUGCCUUAGCUGGAGGCAAUUUCAGGUGCAAGAUCCCAAAUGAAGCCUAUGAAUUGAUUGAAAAUAUGGCUGUCAAUGACAAUGAGAUGCAUAUUGAAAGAGGAGAUCCAACACAACCUAGAGGAGUUCUCCAACUACAGUCUUAUGAUGCCUUGCUUGCCUAAAAUAAGAUCAUUACUCAACAAUUGGAGGUCUUGACAAAGAAACUUUUACAGCCACAAAAGGAACAUCAGAAUGUGGCAUAGGUUCAACAGCAACUUUGUGAGCUAUGUGGUGGUGACCAUAUUAAUGGUCAAUGUGCGGUGCCUGAAAAUCUCAAAGAAGAUGUUAACUACAUGGGCAACCAGUUUCGUCCCAAUAAUUACAACCAAGGAUGGAAAUCUCAUCCAAUCAGUGGACAAGGCCAAUUUGGGCAAACUAGUGGACAAUUCAACAGACCACCGCAACAACAACCCUCUCUAGCUGACAGAACCACAAGGCUUGAGGAGACUCUCCAACAAUUCAUGCAGGAAACUAUCUCUACACAGAAAAGCGCAAACGCUGCUAUAAGGAAUUUGGAGAUGUAGGUUGGUCAGAUAGCCAAAAAGUUGGAGGACAUACCUCUCAAAAUUUUUGGGGCUAAUACUGAAGUUAACCCCAAGGAAUAAUGCAAAGUUAUUGUGAGUGUAAAAAAUGAGAGGGAAACUGAGAAAGAAAAACAGAAAAAGAAAAAGGUGAGUUGAGAGAGAAAGAGGAAAAAGAAGAGAGAAAAGAAAAAAGUGAGAUUGAGGAAAGAGAAAAAAGAGAAAAAGAAGAGAGAAAAAAAGAGGAAGAAGAGGGUGAGAGAAAAAAAGAAAAAAAUGAAAAAAAGGAGAAAAAUUUUCACCACCCUGAGGAAUGUUCCACAGAAGAAAAAGAGAUGCAAUCAGGGUGCUUUGAUGAGAUCUUCAAGAAAUUGGGGAUAAAAGUUCCUGUGACUGAGGCAUUGCAACAAAUCCCUGAAUAUGCCAAGAUCUUGAAGAAACUCCUCAAAAGAAAGAAAUAUUUAGAGGAGGACAUAAUUGAGACAUAGGGGGAUUGCAGUGUGAUCUUGCAAAAGGCACUCCCUCCUAAGGUUAAAGAUCCAGGAAGUUUCACUAUUUCUUGCACUAUUAGGAGCCACAAAAUAGGGAAAGCCCUAAUUGAUUUAGGGUCCAGUAUCAAUUUAAUGCCCUUAAUUGUUCUUGAAAAGAUUGGUGGCCUGAAAGUCAAGCCGACAAGGAUAUCUCUUUUUAUGGCAGAUGGAUCCACCAAAAGGUCUUGUGGUGUGGUGGAAGAUGUGAUGGUGCAAACCCACAACCUGAGAUUCCUAGUGGACUUUGUGGUGCUGGAGAUGGAGGUUGGAGAUCCCUAUUAUUCUUGGAAGACCAUUCAUGAAGACGACCAAAGUGAUCAUCAAUGUUGAUGAUGGUACUAUAGCUCUCAAAGACCAAGAAGAGGAGGUGAUUUUCAAUGUGUUCAAUGUUGAGCAGCAGGUCCAAGUGAAGAAAAAUAGUCUCAAAGCUGCAUAUAAAGAUGCACCCGAGACAAGUACCAAAGCUGCCAAGCCGAGCAAAAAAGGUAAAAAGUGUUUUUUUAUCACAAGUGGAAGAAGAAGAAAAAGACAGCAAAGGAGCAAAUGUUUACCAAGAUUUUCUAGAGAAACUUGAAGAGUUGAGACCAGGCCUACCUAUGAAAUAUUACAAGAAGAUUUGGGUUGUGAAAGAACUUAGAGCUGAUGGUCUGAUAGAGAUUGAAUCUCAAAUUUCAGGGAGAGUGAAAAAGGUGAACAGGAAGCUGUUGAAAACUAGUUGGUGUGCAGAAGGAAAGGAUGACACCAAAAUAAAAGAUGUGUCAUGAACUUAUUGGGUCAAGCUAGUGACGUUAAAAGAAGCGCUUGCUGGGAGGCAACCCAGUUCCUAAUUUUUUUAUUUUUAUUUUUUUAGUUGUGUGGUGUGGAUUUGAUUUUGUUUGCAGUAAUGACAACAUCUACUGAUGGAUGCUAUGGGGUUAGACAUCUACUGAUGGAUGUUACUGACAGCAUCUACUGAUGGAUGUUGUGAUGAUGAAGACUGGGUCAAGCUAGUGACGUUAAAGAAGCGCUUGCUGGGAGAAAACCUAGUUUUAUGAACUUUUCCUUUUAAAUUGGUUAUUUUUUAUUUUUUUUGUACUCUGCUUGAAUGAAUUGAACUGCUUUGAUUCAACUAUGUUGUGUUUGGUGAUGAGUGUUGCUUUGUGAGAUUCUAGUGUUUGAUUGAUGUUGAGAUGAUGCAUGAUGUGAAAAUGUACAGGUGAUAGCUCACAAUGU